ACAAACACGCAAGCUGUCAGAUAGAAACGAUCGCAUUCAAAAGCGUAUAAUUUUUCAGCUGUGCGUGAAACUAUUCAAGAAAAUCCGUGAAAAUCGUAACACUGUCGCUGUAAUUAUUCAGGGUUUGUACAUUUAGUUGACUGUUAUCCAAACGCCAGUUGAAAAUGGAUGCCACCCUCGAAAAAUCCUGCUUCGAGGAAAUCAGUCACACUGUUCUGGAUUCUCAGCAAAAGAUUUCGGUUCGCUCCAUUUCAAACAAUUACGGCUUGAACUUUAUGGAUGCGGUAAAAAUCUUGCAACAAUGGAUAGAUAGAAAUAAUGCCAAGGCCAAUCUGCUCAAGGAGUUUAUCGUUCGAGGAAUCGAUACCAAACGAGGUGGACCGUUCAUUACGGUGGCCACUGAGAAAAGACUCAAGAAGAUCCAGGAUAAAGCAGAUCAAGUUUCGAGUGUGCUGUAUGCGGUAGAGAUUGCCUCCGAGUCGUCAAGGUCCUUGAAUAUUCCGGAAGAGCAGGAAUUCAAAGUGAUCAACUUACCACUUAAAUCGGAAAAACGUGAUGUCAAAAUUUUCACUCCGGCAGAACCGGCGGUUGCUUCCAAUGUCAAACAGGAACCGAAGUCAAAAAUCAAUUCUAUGUUUGGUGCCAGCGUUGCAAAACCGUCACAUCAAACACCUAAGGCGGUCCCUGGUCCAAUCAAGGAGGAAAAGCAGAGUCCCCCUGUUAAGCAGGAAACUACCAAAGUGUCGCCUCCUCAAAAAUCUCCGACCAAGGGUUCUCCUACCAAAAAGAAAGACGCCAAGAAACCAGUAAGCGGAAAGGCGUCUAUUGCUUCGUUCUUCUCUAAUAAGCCGAGCACUGCUAAGGCAGCACCUUCUACUCCUGAAUCAUCUGCGGAAUUGAAGAAGGAAAAAAUGUCUCCACAAGAAGAGCAACCUGCUAAGACGGAGAAAAUUAUGAACGGCAAACACGAGGACACCCCUCGGUGGAAGCGAAUGAUUUCGGACGAAUCUGACGGGGAUGACGUUGUUCCAAAUACGCCGCAGGAAACAAAGGAACCUAAAAAGAGAGGCGCUAAAAAGCCGCUGGCUUCCAAGAAGGGAUCCGUGGCGAAGGGAAACCCCUCAAAACGAUCACGGAUAUUGCAGGUUGAGGACUCUAGCGAAGAGGAAGAGGAGGAAGAUAGAAACAUGCGGGAACCGGAAGAGGAAAAAACCAUCAAAUUUGACACUGAUGAUGAGGAGGAUGUUCAAAUGGUUGAGGAAGUUGAGGAACAGAAGCACCUGAGUCCGGAGAAACCGGUAGAGAAUGAUUCCAAUAGUUUGAAUCGGAAAGGAAGGGCGAAGGUUAAGAAGUUGGUCACCCGGAAUCACUUAGAUGACGAAGGUUACAUGGCUACCGUUAAAGAAUAUGUCAUGGUGUCGGAAGAUGAGCUUGAGAACGAUAACGCAAACAACAAUCAACCAGAAGAGAAGAAGGUUUCCGCAGAUAAUCAAAAAGAAUCUACGGACAGCAGCAAAAGUAAAUCGGAUUCCAAAGCGGCGGAUAAAAAGCAGAGUAAAGUGACACCGCCUGCCGCUAAAACCAAGCAGGGUUCAAUAAUGAGUUUCUUCACUAAAAAAUAGAACAAGGUGAGAUAAAAAUGUUUUUGUUUAUUAUAUUAUAUCACUACAUAAAAUUAAAUAUUUAAAUUUACAUUAAUAAGCAAAA